AGAAGACCAAAGUGUGAAUUCUAAAUCUCUCCCAUUCUGCAACUCAUAAACACCAAAAAAAGCUUCGUUCAAUUUACUUCAAUGGGAAAAAAUCUCUGUGCAUCGUCCUCCCAACCAAACAUGAUUUCUCCAUCAUCGAGCUUUAAACCAACAUUAAACGAUCAAGAUUAUAUGGAACUGGUUUGCGAAAAUGGGCAGAUUCUUGCAAAGAGUCGAAAAACCAACAACAACGGCUAUUUUCAGAAUCAACGAAGGCAAUCGAUAUUGGAUUUGUACGAGACCGAGUACGAUGAGAGUUUCAAGAAAAACAUCAAGAAUCUUGAAGAGACACAAGUUGUUCCUGUGAGUGGCGAACAGACGAAUAAUAAAAAGAGGACUAAACCCUCCAAGAAUGAAUUAGAGAGAGCUCUUUUGACAGGCAACAAACGUUUUGAGUCACCAACAUUGAAUGAUGAUUCUUUGAAAGGUUUAAAAAAUGUUGAAGUUAUCAAAGCUCCUCCUGAUGAGCAAUCUGAAGCUGUUGGAAGAUCCACAAAAUUGUAUUUUACGCCUUCAUCUAUGCUUUCUCGAAGAACUUCUAGAGAUCUAAGUAUUUCUUUAAAGAAGAGGAAGUGUGGAGACAAUGAAGAAGAAGAAGAAGAAACAACUUAUCUAAGUAAUAGUUCGGAUGAUGAAUCAGAUGAUGCUAAAACACGAGUUCCUGCGAGAACAAGAAAGACUAUGGCUAAGAGAAAACGAAGCACUGAAGUCCAUAGGUUAUCUGAAAGAAAGCGAAGACACGAGAUCAGCAAGAAAAUGCAUGCUUUGCAGGAUCUACUACCUAACUGUUACAAGGAUGAUAAGGUAUCAUUGCUGGACGAGGCGAUCAAAUGUAUGAGGACUCUUCAACUUCAAGUUCAGAUGAUGAGUAUGGGAAAUGGAUUAAUACAACCAUCUGUGAUGCUACCAAUGGGUAAUUACUCUCCCAUGGGUCUAGGAAUGCAUAUGGGCGCAGCAGCAACAACACCAUCACUACCACAAUUUAUGCCUAUGGACGUUCAAGGAACCGGUUUUCUUGGGAUUAACAAUGCAUCAUCACAAAUGCUAAGUGCCUUUCUUAAUCAUCCCACAGGACUAAUACCAAACUCUCCCAUCUUUUCUCCAUUAGAAAGCUGCUCUCAGCAACUGGUCACUCCUUCAUGUUUUCCUGAGACUCAAACUACUUCCUUUAGUCAGUUUCCAAUGUCUGGGUCGACCACGAACUUCGAAGAUGCUAUGCAGUUUAGAGGAAGCAGUGGUUAUUAAUCAUUGUUCGCUGAACUUAAAGAUUUGUAGAUAGUUGAUGAUGUCUAUUAUUUUCAAAGUGGACGUACAAUGUUCAACUAUAUAAGCUAUAACUUGAAUCA